CAACCCAACAACUGACAGCACAUAAAGCUGCUGCCUUUAAGCUGUAUUAUUACAUUCUCUACCGUUUAUCUGGUUUUUGUCUCAUCUUCUCCAAAAGUAGUAACCACCAUCAGUCAUCACACCCCAGGUUUUAGGGUUCUUCGUUCUUCAUCUAUUUGUACCCAGGUGAAUACAGGCUUCAGCCCAAUACAGAAAGUCUCAUAAUCAAUCAGCCAGUGCUGUGAGCAGUUAUCAAUUUUAGGAAGGGAUUUUGUUUGUAAUUUCUUUGAGGCAAGAGUUCAAUAUGUUUCUUAUUUUGAGGCCAAUUUGGGGAAAGCUCUUUGGUUAAACCUUUAUUUCACUAGCUGCUGUUGUUGUUGUUCAGUUGCAAAUGCUGAAGCUAGAGGUGCUGCUGUAACCUGCAAAGUACCUUACUGAUGUGGCGGUGUGGAGUCUUUUAGGGACGUAUAUUCUAGACUGCACUGAAUAUUUUCCAUCACCAAUAGAAGCAGCCAACACGGGUGCGCUUUGUUGUGUGGCCACUGGGUCACAUGGAACAAACUCACCUUCGGGUGAUAACUGUUCCAUGGAUCACAGUGAACCACACUGGUGGACAAACUCUAGUUUUUCACCUCCCUCACUGAGGUUAUGGGAUUUUAGGCUACACUCGGAUGGUUUACCUCAAGGGUCUCAUGCAGCUGGUGCACAUGGCUCUUCAUUGCCCUCAAAUAGUAAGGGGAGCAGAAGAAGGGUGGUUAGCAAACCGUAUGCCAAACAUCAUCAUUCUGUGUCUGACGGUGCGCUUUCAUAUUCUGGUAGCCCGACUGAUAAUAUUCGGGCUCCUCGAUGGACAUCACCAGUGCGAAAAUUCAAAGUGGGUGAAUUCUGUUCCUCUUCAGUGCAAGGAUCAACCUCCGAUGCUACUUGGUUUCCCUGCUCCACUGAGAGGCGACAUGCUGCCAGAGUGACUGCAGAAUCCCCCAGCUUUGGCUCUCCAUCCUCACUUUCUGAGUUGUACCAUUGGAAAUCAACUGUCAGGCAGCGUUCCCCUUUUCCCUAUCGCAAUCACUCAAGUAGGCGUACUCAAUCAAAAGCUGUUUACCCACUUAUGUUUCACAAUCCCGUGUCAGAUGGCGAAGCAUUUGGUGGGACUGACGUUGACAGCUUUGAGGGGUUCACACCUGGCGGCAUGGAUUGGGCAUCUGCUUCAAAUUGGCCUGACAAUAGUAGUAGUGAACACAAGUUCCACAAAGCUCUCACUGAACUCCAUAAGUUGGAGACUUCACCGGAUCCUAGUGCUAGCUCUAGAAGAGAGGGUUUCAGGUGGAGCAGCUCCAGCAGUUAUGAUAUCGGAUUUGAUGGAGAGGAGAUGGAUGUAGAGAGCCGGAGGUCCCCUAUUGGCCCUGUGGCAGAUCAAAAAUGUGGUGUUUGUGGAAAAUUUUUGUGGCAGAAGUCCCCUUGGAGUUCACGUCGAAUGAUGAGAGGAGGUGAUAUGCCCACAGCUGGAGUGCUACCUUGCAGCCAUAUGUUUCAUGCAGAAUGUUUGGAGCAGGUAACCCCAAAAACCGAGAUUCGUUGCCCUCCUUGCCCCAUGUGCUCUAAAACCAUAGGAUCUAUGGAAGAAUCCCCUUCCGUUUCACAGCCUUUGCAGAUGGCUCUGAGAUCUGUUCGGAGGAGCAGAGGAGUUGUGAUAUCCGAGGCACAGGAAGGUCACGAAAACGAUGAGGCCGGAAAUCGUACCAAAGACAGAUUAAGGCGAAACUGGUCUCGAGCAUUUGCAAAAUGGAAUGGCAGUAGUUCAUUAAAGAAUCAUCUAAAAAGUCAUUUUUCAUACAAGGGGAAAGCAAGUAAAGAUAUUCUCAGUGCAAAUCUGCUGUGCAGGGGUGGGCCAUCAUCAUCUUCAAGCAGAGACAUUGUUUGACACACAUCAGCAUCUAUCUGAUAGUCUUCUAUAUGUAAUUCGCUUGUAAGAAAAUUUCAAGACUUCGAUGAUCGGUGUUUUUCUAACGACUUUUCGUGGGCUCAAUUUUUUUUGAAGUUACAGUAAAGAGCCGCUGUAUGUUACCUGUUCACUGUGUAAUGCAAUACCGCAUCUUAACCAGAUUAUCCCUGGCCAUUAAUGGUGUUUGUGGCA